AUGGCCUCGUACUGCGACGGCUCGGGUGUCUGCCGGGCCCCGCACAGCCAGGCCCGGGCAGCCGCGCACCCGGUGGGCUACGGGCGCGGGGAUCUGGGCGCCGCGGGCGCCCGCCAGCGCCUGUGGCUAAACGCGCCGGCUCUCAGCCCCGCGCCCUGUGCGCCCUGCCCCGGGUCCGCGCCGCCCUACGCGGCCCCGGGCUACACGGCCCCCGGCCCCCUCCUCGGCGCCCCGGGCAGCCUGGCGGGCGCCGACCUGGCGUGGCUGAGCCUCUCGGGCCAGCAGGAGCUGCUGCGGCUGGUGCGGCCGCCCUACUCGUACUCGGCGCUCAUCGCCAUGGCCAUCCAGAGCGCGCCGCUGCGGAAGCUGACGCUCAGCCAGAUCUACCAGUACGUGGCCGGCAACUUCCCCUUCUACAAGCGCAGCAAAGCGGGCUGGCAGAACUCCAUCCGCCACAACCUGUCGCUCAAUGACUGCUUCAAGAAGGUGCCCCGCGAGGAGGACGACCCAGGUAAAGGCAAUUACUGGACCCUGGACCCAAACUGCGAGAAGAUGUUCGACAACGGGAACUUCCGACGGAAGAGGAGGCGGAGAGGAGAGGUGAGCGCCGCUGCUCCCUCGGGAGCCGGGAGCCCGGGAGGUGCCCCGGAGCUGGAGCCCCUCGGCGCGGCCUCUCCCGACAUGCAGGCCCCGCCGUCCCCGCCCGCUCCCGACGCUGCCGUCUGCUUCUCCAGUUUCGCCUCGGCCAUGGGGGCCCUGGCUGGCGGCCUCGGUACCUUCCCCGCGGGCCUGGCGGGAGACUUUCCUUUCGGGAGACCGACGACGGUCGCCGCCCACGGGCCGCAGGCCCUAGGCCCCGCACCCGGCUUCAGCACCGGCCAUCAGACAGCGGCCACCGGCUUCCGCGUGGGCCACUUCGUCUACAGUCGGGAGGGGACCGAAGUCUAA